AGUUUUCACCCGGUCAGAGGAAAUGAAGGCAUUCGUGUUUUGCUGCGUGGGUCUCGCGGCGCUGGCGUACGUCAGCUGUCACGUGACCCGGGAGAGGCGCGCCGCUGACUUGGAGGGGGCGGCCAGCCACCACGGCGGCAAGUGGGACAAGGGCGGCGGACACGAACACCACGCGCAUCACCACCACGACCACGGGGAGAAGGGCCACAAGGGAUACAAGGGACAUCAUCAUCACGAACACGGCAAGAAGGGACAUCAUCAUCACGAGGGACACAAGGGGCAUCAUGACGAACACGGCGGCCACAAGAAACACCACCACCACGACGACGGCCAUCACCAUGAGCAUCAUCAUGGAGAGAAAGGACACAAAGGACACGGUCACCACGAAGAGGGUCACUAUCACAAGGGUCACUCCACGAAGGGUCACCACGGUGUGCAUAAACACGAUGAGUUUAAGAAGGAAAAACACUUCCACGACCAUCACCACGACGGCGGCCAUCACGAGCAUCACGGUGGACACCACGAGGAACACGGCCACAAGAAGGGCGGUGAAUUCCACCACGGACACAAGCACGGCGGCCACCAUCACCACGAGCACGGCAAGGGAGGGCACCACGAGAAGGGCGGACACCACCACGACCACAAAGGACACCACGAUGAGGGCGGCCAUCACGAGCAUCAUCAUCAUCAUCAUGACCACGGCAAGAAGGGCGGUCAUGAGGAACACAAGCAUUGGGGUCAUAAGAAGGGACACUAAGGUGUCACUUUGUCCAUAUCGAGUUGCCAGUUAUUUUAGGCCUAGGUUUAGCUAUAUUAAGCUUACCUUUAAGUGUUGUUGACUGUGAUUCAUUGUUAUAACGUUUAUAAAAUAUACUGUCGUGAAAAUUGUUACCUA